AUGCCGAGCGCAGUCAUAAUAUCUUUAGCCACGGCCGCGGCCGUCUUUGCACAGCAGCACAAGGACGCCGCCGCCGAGCCGAGCGGAGGUCUGCGCGACGGCGGCGUUGAGCCCCCUGGCGAGGCCGUGCACGACACCGUAGCUGCGGUUGCCAAGCCCGAUACAGCCGAAGAGGAGCAGGCCGUGCACGACGCUCGUGCGCCGACCUCCUCCUGCUGCGGUGGCCCGCCGCCCCAACCCUCCCCUUCGCAAGCGCGGGAGACGGAGAAGGUGACGGUGCGCUCUGCUUCGGCGCCUCGUCGGCGGACUCUAGCUUUGGCACCGGCUCGUCGGCGGACUCCGGCUUCGGCAACAGCUACUGCAGGCGCGUGGGACGUGGACCGCCAGUGCGUGCGGAAUGGGGACAGCGAGCGCGCUGUCCGGCACAUGGAGCGGCUCCGGAUGCGGCCGCAGUCGUCCGUCGCCUCCUCCGCCUGCUCGAAGAAGAUAGGAUGA